UAAUGUACAGAGGAAAUAUUGCAGCACACGUGUAACGCCGCUGUUCUACACAGAACCUCCACAUCCCCUUAGUCCCAAUAUACCGGAAAUCCCUACUGCCUUCCCACUGACUCACACUGAAGGCGGAAGUGGCGCUGCCUCCCCGCUGUACUUUGCAUUCUAGUCGCGGACUGAACGUUAUCUCUGGGAGGAUGAUAAAAGCGAUCCUUGUGUUUAAUAAUCAUGGCAAGCCAAGGUUCUUGCGCUUCUACCAGCAUUUCCCUGAAGAUACGCAACAACAGAUUGUGCGAGAGACAUUCCAUUUAGUCUCAAAACGAGAUGACAAUGUCUGUAACUUUUUGGAAGGAGGAAGCUUAAUUGGCGGAUCUGACUACAAACUGAUUUAUCGCCAUUAUGCCACCUUGUACUUUGUGUUCUGUGUAGAUUCUUCUGAAAGUGAGUUGGGCAUUCUUGACCUCAUACAGGUUUUUGUAGAGACACUUGACAAAUGCUUUGAAAAUGUAUGUGAACUUGACCUGAUCUUCAAUGUAGAUAAGGUGCAUUAUAUCUUGCAUGAGAUGGUAAUGGGUGGGAUGGUGCUGGAGACAAACAUGAGUGAAGUUAUCACUCAAGUUGAAGCUCAGAGCAAAUUAGAGAAAUCAGAGCUAUUUAUACCUGGAUUCUAAAUUGUCAUACCUUAAAAGAACUCUUCAGAUCGUUUGGAAGAGGCCGGGUUCUCUGCGGCUCCUGCAAGGGCAGUUUCAGCCAUGAAGAAUAUGAACUUGCCAGACCUUCCACGAAACAUCAACAUUGGUGACCUCAACAUUAAAGUUCCCAACCUCUCUCAUUUUGCCUGAAAAAUAAUCUGUGUAAUGGUGCUUAAUGUGAUGUCUUUCAGGUAUCAUCUCAUAGGAAAACAUGUAUUUAGUACCUUCCCUAUCAAAAAGGGAUUAAGAAGCCACUGUAUGAAACAGUGUGGCCUAAUAUGUAUAUAUUGUACAACUUUGAUAAAGGAAUUCUAUGUUGAUAUGCAAAAGUAUCUUUUAUUUGAUAAUAUGUUAGAGCAGAAAGAGUGCUGUAAUAAUUAAAGUGCUGAAUUAAAAUGAA